AUGGCUCCCUUAAUACCAGAUUCCCUACAUACACAGAGCCGAUGCUCGUCAUCGCGCUUGCCGCCUUCUAGGCCUCGCUUGAAGUUGCAAUGGUUAUUCUUACUGGGCCUCGCCGCGAUCUUUUCCCUAUCGACGGCGACAACACCUCGGGUGACACCUGCAGACGGCGUCGCUGCUCCCACUGACGCCUUGAUCAUCGAUAACGCUAUACCAGUAGCGGUCGACGGCGGAUCGCCUUUGGUGUUAGCCGACGGCGAAAUCGAUUUGCGCAAGCGGCAGAAGAAGGAUGAGGAGGAGAGUACGCCGGCACCAACCACAACGCCUUCUCGGACCGCUCGCGCCACCGACGACGGCUCGUCUAGCAGAAUCUCCUCAAACGCGGGCUCCACGCGGACAGGCUCCUCAAGCACAACGACGAGCACCACACCCUCUCCUCUACCCUCCCCCUUCGACAGUGGUAUAGACUUCAACUUCACCAGCAACGGUGGAAAGUCAUGCCCCAAGUUCCUAAACGAUCUGCUCACCGACGAGACCUUUAAAGGGUGUUACCCCGUGUCUCUGAUGCUCGAGACCUCGAGAUCCUGGUUCGAGGCAACCAAGGAGCUGCCAAGCAUUGUCAGGGUCCUCGACGCCGCUUGCUCUGCUGAUGUUGACUUUUGCACCACCUUCCUCAAGGAUAAGGCGAAGGAAUUGAUCUCCGAUGAGAACUGUAGCCAGGAAUACAACUCCGGCCAGCCCAACAUCAUGCAGGCGUACGUGGGUCUGAGGGCGUAUAACGUUCUCUACAAGGCAACUUGCCUCCGGGAUGAAGAGAAUGACGACAUGUACUGUUUUGCGAACGCCGUAACGAACACAAGCACACCGGCCAACGCCUACUUCUACUACUUGCCCCUGAACAAGGCAUUACCGCAGGCGGCGAACCCGGCCUGCAGCAAGUGUCUCCAGGACACUAUGGCCAUCUAUCAAGCUGCCGCCGCGUACCGGAAGCAAGCUAUUGCCAAUACCUACGUCGCCGCAGCUGAAACCCUCAAUUCCAUUUGCGGACCGCAGUUCGCCAACGAUACCCUACCCGCUGAGAUCCAAGAUGCUGCCGGUCGCUUUGCGAUAUCAUCUCUGGCUGUCUCGACGGCGGUGUUCGCCGUGGUUUUCACCUGGCUAUUAUAG